GGCCGGCGCUCCCGCGAGCGGAGGUGGCCGAUUGCCAUAACCGGGCAGGGAGGGCGCCACCUGCCCGCCCGCCCGACCGCUGCUCCACCGCGCGUGCUUUAUUUAUACAUUGCCUUUGAAGCGGCCGUGCGUGCGGUCCGAGAGAUGGCAGAGCGGCGCGAUCGUGCAGCCAGGGGUCGUAAAUGUCCACUUAAUCCCCCGCGGCGUGGCCGCCGGCGUGCGCGUAAUAAUAAUAAAUCAUUAGCAUUCACGGCCCUCUCCUUGAUCAAUCCUGCUGGAUGAAGCCCUCCCCGUGCCGUCGUUUGUUUGUCCAUACUUCACCCCCACGGCGGCCAUAUUUGGUAAAGGUGAGGGAAGGGCUACCGAGGAUCAGUUCAGAUGUCACUCGCCUCCAAUGUUAGCCUUGGCCUGUGAUCCAGCACUGUGGGGGCAGCAGCGAAGGUUGGUGGAUCAUGCACAGAUGCUGUGAAACUUCCUUCCCGGUGGGCAUCGAGGAGGUUCCGUACCCUGGCUCGCCAGGAGAAGCCAGUGCAGCAAGUGGACGAAUUUAUAGUGUUGCCCUUUUGCACGUGUGGUGUUUCUACAGGUGCUCCGGUGUCUUCCCACUUGUAAUAAACACUCACACAAUUCCCUAAAAACGUGUGGGUGGAAAAAAAUACAUACGUAAAUAAAUAACUAACAAGAGCCCUUGGCUUCAGUGUGGCUUUUGUGGAUAAAUAUGUAAAAAAAACUCGACUCUUGUAUCGCGUUGCAUCGAUUUUGGGGGCUCGUCCUUUGAAAAAAAACCCGGACAAACUGAACAAACGCAAGCCAGGGAGCGAUUUGUGAACCCGCCUCGAGCUUGACAGCUGCCGUUGCCUUCCACGCAGGAUGGGGCCGGCCGAACGGACAGCGCUGGCCGCGUGGUUCACUUCCACAUACCUUCCGCCCGUGGCCUUCACUGAGGCCGACAUCAUCCGGCUAGGCCUGCCCUUCGGCCAGGUCACAAACUACAUUCUCAUGAGGUCCAAAAACCAGGCUUUCCUGGAGAUGGCGAGGCCCGAGGCGGCGCGGGCGCUGGUGAGGACGUACGCGGCGCACCCCCCACUCCUGCAGGAGCAGCCGGUCGCCGUGCAGAUGUCCAGCUCUUACCAGCGCCUCGUGCUCAAGAAACCGGGACGCCCUGUGGACGAGGUGCUGAUGGAGGAGACGGGGGCACUCGGCCAGAGCUCACGGCGGCACCGCCCAGAGCCGAGUGCGGUCGCGCAGUCCCCUGUCCCGCGACCGCGAGGUCUCCCACGGCCAACGCGGCGCGCAGCGAUCAGCCCGGCGCCGUGGAAACGGAGCCGGUCGCCCUUUGCGCCGUGAGAGCCUCUCCAGCUCGUCUCCUGGACCCUCCACCCCCCUCUCCUCGCCGCAAGUCCCAGAGUCCUCCGCUCGAGAACCCCUCGCAGAGCGGGAACAGGCCGACGAGCCCGCGCGAGCACGAGGCCACGAUGGACGACGGCGAGGCGGCGAUGAGGGACGGCGAGAAGACGGGGGGGGAGCGAGACGACGAGGGAGAACGGGGCGAGGCCGCGCCCUGCGCCGAGCGAGCUGGAGGAUCUCGCGCAAGGAGCGUGGCGACGCGACCCCACCGAGCGGCGAGGGGAUGGAGCGGGCGAGACGCGGGGGCGGCGGCACGACAGAGGAGCCGAGCGGGCUUCACGCGCUCCGCGAUCGCGAUGAGGAGCAGGACUUCUUCCUGGGCGACGUCGGGUUCGUCACCGUGGACGAGGUUGGAGCCGAAGAGGAGAUGGGGGGAGGAGGAGAAGGGCUCCGCUCACCUUGUCGUCGGCGAGGGAUCGGGCGGCGGGGAGGAGGCGGGGGCCGACGAGGUCGCCGCCGCCGCCGCCGCCGCGGCGUCUGUGGCGGCGACGCUCGUGGAUGAGCGGGCACCCCCGGGCGGUGGCGAUCGACCGUCGUCGGGUGACGAGGCCGCAAAUCUCCCGGACGUCGCCCCCCGCGGCGGAAGCCGACGCGGCGGACGCCGAGGAGACGGUGCCCGAGCCGGUCCCGGCCGCCAACGGGGAAGGCCGCUUGGAGGGGACGGCCGACGCGGACGCGGAAGCCCCGGCCCUCCCCCGAGAGCCUCGCGGCUCGCGGGACGAACCCGCGUCCUUUCCCGCGGAGCGGCAGGUCGGAACCCGACGGCGACGUACAGGACGCCGAGGGACCACGGCCCGGGGUGGUGAUGGAGGGGGACGGGGGGGCAGGCGUCGGUGACAACAGUCGCGACGGGUGGCCCGGAGCUGUGAAGCCACGCGGGCCAACCCCUCGCUCCAGAAAUCCUCAGCGACCUGAAGAGAUGCACGGGGUCCCCUGCGUGCGUCUCCGUGUCGGCGGCCGGCGAGGAAUCGCUCAGUCCUCCUAUCGGCAAGUCCACCACUGCACCACGUUCUCACUUGAGGCUGUGUCGACCUAGUCGAUGUCCCCGGGACAGGGGCAGAUACCACUUGCCCCACCGAUGUUGACUAUGGCCAGGAAUCACACUCCGAUUGCAUCGUAGCGACACACACACACAAGUAUAGCCUGCUUAGACUAUUGGUGAGUGCUGAUAGUGAGCACCUAUUUAGGCUAAUGUGGCAGACGAAUGGGUGGUGUAGCCAGAACCAUAUUUGGCCAUCUUUGUCUGCGGCAGUGCUGAUAUAUUUACACAUUGUACUACGUACUCUUUUAUAGCUAAGUCGGCCGAGAACCGAUUCAGAUACUUGCCACUGAUGUUGCUGUGAACGGCAAGUGAGCUCUGGUCUCUGGGUUUUGUAGUGCACUAACCACGACACACACACACACACGCGCACUGCAAAUAGUAAAAAUUAAUCGUUAGCUUUAAAGGUUGUGAGUAAUGUUUUGUGUGCAAUUGAGACUCCA